AUGGACCGCGUCAGCGGUGUGUGUAGGUUUGGAGGAGUUGUGUCCGCGGUGAGAACGCGGACGGGGCGCAGCAGAAGACGCCUUACUGGUUCAGGUCAAACGCCUGAAGAAUUGCCAGAAGCGCCUCGCCGCGGGCUUGGGGCGAUAUUGGUCUUAGCGUGCAUCCUGGUGUACCACAAUAGCCUCUACUGCGGCUUCGUGUUUGACGACAUCAGUGCCAUAAAGGAGAAUAGGGACCUGAGACCCCAGACACCGAUAUCGAAUAUUUUCCUGAACGACUUUUGGGGAACUCCAAUACAUAAGGAAGAUUUAACUGAGGACGAUGACAAAGAACAAGUACUCGACAAUGGCUCUGAAGGAUCAGCGGAGGAAGGAAUCUGGAACCAAGCACUUUUGAACGAGGUACCUAAGACUCCCGAAAGUCAACUAGAUGAGAGCCAAGUGACUAUGACGCAUGAGUCCAUGAACCCAGCGUCUGCAGCGAUAAAAUUCAAGCAUUCUUUACCAAUAAAAAAGGCAAAAAAGUGUAUCGCCAAAGGACCCAAUCCUAAGUGA